AUGAGGUUUCAUAACCUACAUCAUAUAGUAUUGCCUUGCCUUUUAAAGGCUCUUGUAAUAAAUGCAUUAAGUGUGAAACCACAAUUUUUUGAGAAAAACCAUCAAAUGUGUUUGAAAUUGGCCAAACAACCGUAUUUUGAUAUAGACAUAGUUGUAGGUAAACCCUGGAGGAUAUAUUACACGUGGAAUCUAAAAUUGGAUACAAAAUGUUUGGAUAUGGUGUUUAGGAAUGCUACGGCAGAAAUAGUCAAUCGCGUCUGGAACGACAUGAACGAAUAUCUAGAACAGCAGCCGGCGUGGGAAGCAGCUACCUUGAGCGUGACCAUGGGAUCAGCUAAGCAUGAGCUGUUGCUCUUUGCUGACCAGGGGCCCGCUGGCAGCUUCGUCGCGGUUCCCAAUGUUAUACGUGAAGGAAAUUUGGUGCCAAUACGGCAAGCGGUGCCGCUCCUCAAGUUUCACCUGAAGUUACUCCGCGGAGGCAAGUUCCUGCUGCUCAUGGAUUGUCACAUCGGUGGAGCGUCCCUCGCUGCCAGGCCGGAUACAACUCCAUACAGAUCGGAGAUAGCAGCAACUGUAGCUGGUCUCGAUAUUGGUGAUGGCUUCCCCGCGUGUACUGAUGAAAAGAAUAACGAUGAACAGAUUGUGGAAUAAAGUUUUGGAACGUUA